AUGGAAGGGAAAAAGGUGAGGAUUGGUUUGGUUAAUAUGGAGUACGAAGUUGGUGAAAAUUAUCAAAUGCCUGGAUUACCAAAGGCAGAGACAGUAACAGUACGUUUUGAUCGUGUGGGCAAGGAUAGCCAAUGGUCAGACUUCUUCCCUAAAUGGAUUGAUGAAGAUGAGAAAAAAGGCCGACCAUUGUGCCCAGAAAUCCCAAUGCCGAAAUUUGAGGAUUAUCAUGGGCUCAACGUGGUUGUAGCUAGGGUUCCAUGUAAAAAAUGGGCGGAGAGGGAAGGUAUUAAGGAUGUGUUUAGGUUACAACUUAACUUAGUGGUUGCUAAUCUGUUGGUAAGGAGUGGAUGGAAGAAUGACAAUCAUCAACUUGAUCGAACGGUGUAUGCUGUGUUUAUCAGUUCUUGUGGACCCAUGCGUGAAAUAUUUAGAUGCGAGGAUCUCUUAAUGCAUGAAGACAAUUUUUUUGUUUAUAGGCCAAAUUUGAGAAAAUUAAAACAGAAGGUGCUCAUGCCUGUUGGGACAUGCCAGGUUGCUCCUCCUUACGAAGAACCAGGUGAGUUUCAAUCUAUUUUGGUGAUCUCUUGUCGCAAUGUUGUGUUCAUUAAGAAAACCUACAAAUUGAAAAGCAAAUGGAAGUUCAUGAAAUUAAAGAAGAAAAAGCUGACAAACCUUUGUCUAGAACAAGGAUUUGGAAGCAAAAUUUCAUUUCAUUGUGCUGUUUACAGGCCUAGUUUGUCAUCAAAUUCACCAAUUUAA